AUGGACAAGCUGGACGCGCCGAAUAACACAGCACAGCAUGUCGAGGGACCGCCCACGGACCCCAGCGCUAUCGAGGCAUCGAAGCCCGAGGCAUUCUACGUCGAAGACCGUGUCGCCCUUCUCACCGAAGAGCACCGUCAAUAUCUGCUGGCUCGCCAUGGCACGCUGGAUCUGGACCCUAUCCCAGAUAUGAACGACGCGGACCCGUACAAUUGGUCGGGCUGGAGAAAAACCAUCAACCUCACUCUCGUCGCUUUCCAUGCUAUGAUGAGCACUUUUACCGCCGCGUCCAUCAUGUCAGCGUUCGUCGACAUCUCGGCAGACUUGGGCGUGAGCCUGCAACGUACCAGCUACCUGGUCUCGCUGUUCAUCGCCGUCCUUGGUGGAGCGCCCCUCUUCUGGCGACCGUUAUGCAACCGCUUCGGACGCCGGCCCAUAUUCCUGUUGUCUGUGCUCUGCAGCUUGGUCGGAAACGUUGGGUGCGCCGAGAGCCACUCGUACGCUACGAUGGGUCUGUGCCGGGCGAUUACUGCCUUCUUUAUCAGCCCGGCUGCCGCGAUCGGCAGCGCUACCGUUGCCGAGACGUUCUUUAAGAAGGACCGCGCGCGGUGCAUGGGAUACUGGACCUUGAUGGUGACCAUUGGUGUCCCCAUCGCGCCUUUCAUCUUUGGCUUCGUUGCUAUACGCGUUGGAUACCGUUGGAUCUACUGGAUCCUCGCUAUUGUCAAUGGCGUUCAAUUCAUCCUCUACCUCUUCUUCGGCGCCGAGUCCCUGUAUAUGCGUGGCGAGAGUGCUACACAUGAGGUGACUAGCGUUAAGCAGAGCCUUUUCAAGUUCGGCCGCAUCGACCCAACCCCGCUACGUCUGUGGGACUUCGUCCAACCCCUCAGCUAUGCUGCAAAGCCCAGCGUCAUGAUUCCCGCUGCCGCCUAUGCUAUGAUCUUCCUAUGGGGCAGCGUCAUGCUCACCAUCGAGAUGCCCCAGGUUUUCCCAGAGCAGUUCGGCUUGAAUACGCAACAGGUCGGAUUGAACUUUCUGGGUGUUGUGGUUGGGUCCAUCCUAGGCGAGCAGAUUGGUGGUUUCAUUUCCGAUCGCUGGAUGUUGCUGCGGCAGAAGACAUCAGGACAGUACCCGGCUCCCGAGUACCGUCUGUGGCUCAGCUACAUUGGUCACGCUCUGACCAUCUGUGGCGUUGUUGUCUUCUGUGUGCAGACCGGCAAUGCUGGCAAUAGCUGGAACAUUACCCCCAUUGUUGGUGCUGCAAUUGCCGCCGCCGGGAACCAGAUUGUCACCACUGUCAACGUCACCUAUGCUGUUGACUGCUAUCGCCCGGACGCCGCCAGUGUCGGCGUCUUCAUCACCUUCGUUCGUCAGGUCUGGGGCUUCAUUGGUCCCUUUUGGUUCCCACAGAUGUUUGAGAACGUGGGCUGGGCUGGCGGUGCUGGUAUUGUUAUUGCGCUGAUCGCAGCUGUCGGUAUCAUUCCCACUAUGGUAUUGCAGUGGCGCGGAGCGAAUUGGCAUUGA